AUGGCGGCAGAGUCGGCGGUGCUCGCUGCAUUCAAGGAGUUUGACACAGAUGAUUCAGGCAGCAUCAGCAGGGAGGAGUUGGGCGAAGUGCUGAAAUCCUUGAGUGAGGAUGCUUGGGAUGACUCUGCCAUCGACCAGCUUCUGUCUCAGGCAGACGAAAGCGGAGAUGGUGAAUUGCAGAUCAGCGAGUUUGUGCGCUGGCUCUUUGCAGAGGACUUGUCGAUCUUCAAGACCAAAGGCCUUCGGAAGUCCUUUCGUGCUGGAGACUUCACCUUUUUGAUCCAGCAGAGCCCCUCAGAGGAGUUGAAUGGCGAGUACGUGCAGCAGAAGAAACCCUAUGGGCGGAGGCCCGUUUUUAUGAAAGUGGGUGAUGACGAGAUCAGCGACAGGUUCCUCUACUACCACAAGCCGAGCAAAUCCUGGAUGAUCAACAAGAGCAAGAGCAAGAAGCGCCCUGAAGCCAAGUUACAGACGUCCCGUGCUGUGCAUUUGAGCGAUGCCACCUGGACUGUUCGCGAAGGUCGAAUGAAGAUGGUUGCCGCUGAGGAGAUGAAGGCUGUUUUGCCGUCCGAAAAGACGCCGGAGGAGUUGCAGUCCUCAGCUCCACCAGGAGUUUGGGUGCAUUCGCAGUGGGCCAUGGUGAGUGGGAACUUCAUCAAGUCGGAGAAGCUCCAGAGCGAUCGCCCGGUCUAUUUCAAUGAGACUGAUCAGACAUGGAUCUUCUACGAUCUGAGCCGAAAGCAAUGGAUCGUUGCACGUGAAGUCGCUGACCAAACGCGCGCGUUGGUGAAGAGUGAUGAGACGGAAUGCUAUUCUCCAGAGGUUUGUGGCUGGCAGCAGAAUGUGAUGGUGAAGGCAGCGGAUCCCAAUGGCAUUCCUUUGCCCGUGACUGUGGAGGAUGGUUUCUAUGAUGAAGAGUUCCCCCACAGCCAAGAGAGCCUGGGGAGGGAUACUAAAUGUGAGUGGAUCAGCAUCCGAGAUCCGGUGCUGUCUCGCGCGACCGUGCUCUUUGAAGAGAUCGAACCAUCGGAUGUUUGUCAAGGAGGUUUGGGCAAUUGCUGGCUCAUCGCAGCAAUCGCGGGCAUCGCAGAGUUCCCGGGGUUCAUCAAGGAUCAUUUGUUCAAGACGAAAGAGCUGUCGCCGGAGGGGAAAUAUGAGAUUUGGUUAUACAAUUGGAUUGAGGCCCAGUGGCAGCUGGUCACCAUCGAUGACUUCAUCCCCUGUCAUCCUCGGAGCGGCUUCCAACCCAGAGCCCGAACCCUCUUUGCCGGCAUCUCUGGCGACAAGGUCUAUGCGUCGUUGCUGGAAAAGGCCUUUGCCAAAUUCACCGGCUCGUAUGGACAGCUGUCCGGUGGCUUUUCGAUGAUCGCGUGGAUGGCGAUGACCGGGGAGACGGCGAUCUCGGCCUGGAUCCGGACGAAGCAGAACCCUAUUUGGGAGGUGCUGGUUGACACCUUGGCCGUCUCGGCGACCGAAGAGACGUCCAGCGAGACGCUGGGGCAGUUGUUGAAGGGUGCCAAGUUCGAAGAGGUGAAUCGGAUCGGCAAACGCAUUUGCAUCAAGAAGUUGGAGGGGGAUGGCCCGGAUGAGGGAUGGGUGUCCGUCCGUUGGCGCGGGAAGAAGCUUGCGCGUUGCGUGGAUGACCUUGUUUGGGGCCUCUACGGUGUUUGCACCUCUACGGAUGCCAUCCGCUGGGGUGUGGGCUUUCAGAAAUCGACGGAGACGACUGACAAGGAUGGCAUGUGGGAGCGAGUGCUGGAAUAUGACCGGAAGAACUACUUGGUGGGAACUCAUUUCUUUGUCUCCUAUGAUCAACAAGAGGUGAAGGAGACCAUGGGCAGAUUGCAGAACGGCCUGGUGAACGGACAUGCCUACUCCUUCCUCCAUGCAGUGGAAGUGGAUGGUGUGCGACUGGUGUGCUGCAGGAACCCCUGGGGCAACGGUCACGAGUGGAACGGCGCCUGGUCCGACGAGAGUGAAGAGUGGGAGGCCUUCCCGGAGAUUGCGAAGGCCGUUGGCUACGAGGAUCAAAAUGAUGGUGCAUUUUGGAUGGAAUUCGAUGAUUUCUGCAACAUCUUCGACUGUAUCCAAGUAUGUCACAGGACCAUGCCGGCCCAGAGGGAUGGUUUUCAUGCUGGGGAGGAGGUGGAGACCAAAAAAGUGACGAAGGUGAUCCAGCCGAAAGUGGAGGAACCAGACUACGACUCGCUCGAAGAGUGCUACAUUGUGGUGGCUGGCGGAUCGGUGAAGGGAGUCUUCCUGGAUUUGGAGAAGGCGAAGGCCGAACUGAGCAAGUUCAAGGAGUCAGCGCAACCCUACCGUUUCAUCGUCGCGGCCCAGUACGGGUUGGUGCAAGAGGACCCGCACACUGUUGCCGGGCAGAACCAAGGAGCUGCAAUGAAAGCUGGCUUCGACAAGAGAUGGUGGGGCUGGCCAACCAUCCACGAGUAUAACAAGAUCGCACAGGACUACUUGUUACAACAGGCCAAGGACCGCAAAGCAGCUGCUGAGGGUGAGCAGUGCUUUCUGGCGGUGGCCUUUGGCGCAGUGCGUGGGGUCUUUGCUGAUGUGGAGCAAGCAAAAGAAGAGCUGAUGAAGUAUCCACCAGGAGCCCCGCAGCCACAGCGCAUGGUCGCGGGAGCUCAGUAUGGCAAGAUCCAAGAGGACCCGCAUUCGAUGGCCGGGCAGAAUCAGGGUGCUGGGAUGGCCGCCGGAUUCAAUAAAGCAUGGUAUGGCUGGGAUGACAUCCACAAAAUGAACCAGAUUGCGCAAGAGUACUUGGAUGGAAAGCGGAGCAAGAAAGAAGGCUGA